GGCCGCCAUGGAGCCACUUGUGCAGCAUACAGAACGCUUUUCAGAGCUGCUGGCCGUGUCGUGCGGGACGCUGGUGAGCACGUGGGACGCCGCGACGGUGCGCAGGGCGCUGCAGUGGGCGCGCUAUUUGCUCCACGUGUACCGACGCUUUGCGGGCCGGGGCUGCGUGCGGGAGGCGCUAGAGAGGCGGCUCCACGGGCCGAGAGGGCCGCUCGGGCUGCGUAGCUUCGCAGCGCUAGAGUCUGGGGACGCGCGGCUCGCCCUACGCCUGCUGCGGAACCGCGCGCUCGCGCCCGCCGCUGUCCGUGUGCUGCCGAGCUUGCUGUUCCCAGGCCCUGCGGCGGACAACGAGGACGACUUGCCGCAGUCGCGCUUGGUCCUCCAGGCGCGCCGCGGAAGCGCGCUGCACCUGCUCUUCCGCCUCGGCGGGGACGCGCCUAAGGACGCGCUGCUGCGCACGCACGCGGAGCUGCUGUACGCGCGCCUGCACGAGCUGGGCGGUGCCGACUCCACGGCCGCGCGCAAACUCCUUGAUACCCUGUGGACUCACGGGCCGUGGGAGCACGUGCUCAGCGUGACGGCCGAAGCGCUGCUGUUCCGGGCAGACCCGGUGCCAGCCCAGGCCACAGACCCUGCGGAUGCGGAUGAGACACAAAAACUACUGCACUGGCUUCUAGAAAGUCCCGAGAUAUUGGCCGCUUUUUGCCGCCAUCUGCCAGCUAAGCGCCUGGCCUCGGUGGCAGGCUGCCACCACGCACUGUCUCGCGCCUAUCUGGACCUGCUCACAACGUGGGCCAAGCGACUGCACUAUGAUCUGCUAAAGGGCGCCUGGGUCCCCACACAGCUGGAGGACAUGCCCUGGGAAGAGCUUUGCCUAAGGCUGCAGAACUUGUGCCAUGCCCAGCCAUUUCUGCAGCAAGAGGUGCUGGUGACGUUACGCACCUGCAAAGCCUUAGAUGGAGAUUUUGAGGUUCCUGGAAUGAGCAUCUGGACAGACCUCCUGCUGGCCUUGCCUGGAGGUGCUUGAGUGUGGGAUCUCUAGAGGAGGUUCUCAGAUCCCAGGCUAGGCAUCUGGACAGACCCUGUCCCAUGGAGGGAACAACAAGCUUACUUCUCACCAAAACCUCUAUGCACAGCAUCCUGCUACUGUUUAACUAUACAGUUUACAAACUGUCAGUGUUCUCACCAACUCCCUGUAUACAUGUUCCUGAAACCUAAUUUGUUUAGGUGUCAAUUUUAAGUGGCUCAUUAUAGAAAUAUAUAUAUAAUAUGGACAAAACAUAUACUGUAUGUUAUAUAUGCAUACGUAGUAUAUAUAGUUCUCUCCAUUCUGGUGGUAUAUCCAGGACCCGGCCUAUGUUAGACAGUGCUCACCACUGAGCUACAUUCCUAGCUUUGGAAGUGUUCUUAAAGUCAUCGAAUUUUCAGCUUGUUUUGUAUAAAGCUAAUUUGUAAGAAUCCUAAACAUAGAUGCACUUUAAAAAGAAAAGGCAACUUUAAAUUUCCAGGAGGACACCUUUUAUGUGUAUGAUUUACUUGUUUCCUGGUACUCUUCAGUAGUACAAAGUUUUGUUUAACCAGCAGCAUGUGGUAGCAUCAGAUGUUAACUGCAAACCUGCCUGGGCUAGAGUUAAAGCCCUAGACUUGCUUUCCUUGACUUGUUUACCAUCCUUCCUGUGCAUUAAAGUCGUAUUGUUAAGAAA